AUGGACGUCGUCAGAAUCACCCAAGCUUUGAGACAGCAGCAGCAGAACCCAGGACGCCUCAACACCACCCGCACCGGUGGUGGCUCGUCCCUCGUCGCUGCUUCGGCUGGCCCAUCCACCACCGGCGAGACUCUGCAUAUCAACACAGCACACGCAAGCAUCGACAAUGGCGUUCAGACAACUCCCUGCUCAUCUCCUACCCCUUCCUCGGCUGGCGGUAACGGUGGUUCAGGAGGAGUAGGAGGAUCUAUCUCACCCUCGUCGUCGUUCUUCUCCUCGUUGGCCCACUUCUUGCCAGGUUCUGCUGGUGUUGCGGCGGCGGCUACUGUUGCUGGAGCGGCGGGGUCGUCGAAUGUGGGCGAGAUCGAGUCGCUCUUGUUGAGGUCCAUGCCCAUGUUCGGCAACCUCGUCUCACGAGACUAA